CCGUGAGUGUCAGGGGCUAGCGUGCGUCGUGAGUGUCUCCAUUUCCUCAAGUUAAAAUCCGUUAAAAAAAAUAAAAAAAUUGAAACUCAAAGCAGUGAGACCCCCGUGAACCCCGAGUGGUGAAUCUCAUCGGAUUCGAGGAUCUGGUGAUUGGUUUUUUAGAAUUUCAAUCUGUGGAAUUGUUUUUUUUUCGUGGAAGUGAGAGGUGACACGGGCGUGCACACAGGUAGUCACGGCCGGCGGCCAUUAUUGUUGUCAAUAUGGCGGGCAAGGGAGGUCUCGCCACUGAUCAUGGCCGCACAGACUCGUACAGAGUUGCAACAUUCACGAAUGUACGCGAUGACAACAAAACAGCUGAUGGAAUGGUCAAGUCGCGGCGAAAGAACCCAAAGAGGAAAGGAGACAACUUGGAUGACUUGAAACAGGAGUUGGAUAUUGAUUUUCAUAAAAUCUCACCUGAAGAACUCUAUCAGAGAUUUCAAACUCAUCCAGAGAACGGCCUUAGCCAUGCGAAAGCGAAAGAGAAUUUGGAGCGCGAUGGUCCAAAUGCACUAACACCACCGAAAACCACCCCAGAAUGGGUUAAAUUCUGCAAAAAUUUAUUCGGUGGUUUUGCCCUAUUACUUUGGAUCGGUGCUAUUCUAUGUUUCAUUGCGUACUCGAUUCAAGCAUCAACGAGCGAGGAUCCCAAUGAUGACAAUCUAUAUCUUGGCAUUGUACUUGCCGUAGUUGUGAUAGUAACGGGUAUAUUCUCGUACUAUCAGGAGAGCAAAUCGAGUAAAAUAAUGGAGUCAUUCAAGAACAUGGUGCCUCAAUUUGCAACUGUUCUGAGAGAGGGUGAAAAAUUGACCCUCAAAGCUGAGGACCUUGUCCUCGGUGAUGUUGUUGAGGUGAAAUUUGGCGAUCGUAUACCAGCUGACAUUAGAAUCAUAGAGUCACGGGGUUUUAAAGUUGACAACAGCUCGUUGACUGGUGAAUCAGAGCCACAAUCAAGAUCACCAGAAUUCACCAAUGAUAAUCCACUCGAAACAAAAAAUCUCGCGUUCUUCUCUACUAAUGCUGUUGAGGGUACAGCCAAGGGUGUUGUCAUAUGCUGCGGUGAUCAGACUGUAAUGGGAAGAAUCGCUGGUCUAGCGUCUGGUCUUGACACUGGUGAAACACCAAUCGCCAAGGAAAUUCAUCAUUUCAUUCACUUAAUCACUGGUGUCGCUGUUUUUCUCGGUGUUACAUUCUUUCUUAUCGCUUUUAUCCUCGGUUAUCACUGGUUGGACGCUGUUAUCUUCCUCAUCGGUAUCAUUGUCGCCAAUGUACCAGAGGGUCUUCUUGCAACGGUGACAGUCUGCUUGACCCUAACAGCUAAGAGAAUGGCAUCGAAAAAUUGUCUCGUCAAGAAUCUCGAAGCUGUGGAGACACUUGGCUCGACGUCGACAAUAUGCUCUGACAAAACUGGUACACUGACUCAAAAUCGUAUGACUGUUGCGCACAUGUGGUUCGACAAUCAGAUCAUCGAGGCCGACACGACUGAGGAUCAGUCUGGUGUACAGUACGAUCGUACGAGUCCUGGAUUCAAGGCACUUGCUAAGAUCGCAACCCUCUGCAAUCGCGCGGAAUUCAAGCCUGGUCAGGAGGGUCAGCCCAUACUGAAGCGUGAGGUCAAUGGUGAUGCCUCAGAAGCUGCACUCCUCAAGUGCAUGGAGCUUGCACUUGGCGAUGUCAUGGGCAUCAGAAAGAGAAACAAAAAGGUCUGCGAGGUGCCAUUCAACUCGACCAACAAGUAUCAGGUGUCGGUUCACGAGUCAGAUGAUCCCAAUGAUCCCCGUCAUCUACUUGUUAUGAAGGGUGCACCGGAGAGAAUUCUCGACAGAUGUUCAACAAUCUUCAUUGGUGGAAAGGAAAAAGUCCUCGACGAAGAGAUGAAAGAGGCAUUCAACAAUGCUUAUCUCGAGCUCGGUGGUCUUGGUGAGCGUGUACUUGGUUUUUGCGAUUACAUUCUACCAACUGACAAGUAUCCAGUGGGUUUUAAAUUCAACAGCGACGAUCCAAAUUUUCCAACUGAGGGUCUUAGAUUUGUUGGUCUCAUGUCCAUGAUUGAUCCACCACGUGCUGCUGUACCAGAUGCCGUUGCCAAGUGUCGUUCAGCCGGUAUCAAAGUUAUCAUGGUAACCGGUGAUCAUCCAAUCACUGCCAAAGCCAUUGCCAAAUCAGUUGGUAUUAUAUCAGAGGGUAAUGAAACUAUUGAGGAUAUUGCACAGAGAUUGAAUAUACCAGUGUCAGAGGUCAAUCCUAGGGAGGCUAAAGCUGCUGUUGUUCAUGGUACUGAUCUUAGGGAUACUAGUAGUAGUCAACUUGAUGAUAUCCUGAGGUAUCAUACCGAAAUUGUGUUCGCUCGUACGUCACCACAGCAGAAACUCAUUAUUGUGGAGGGAUGUCAGAGGAUGGGAGCCAUUGUUGCUGUAACUGGCGACGGUGUAAACGAUUCACCAGCCCUGAAGAAAGCUGACAUCGGCGUUGCCAUGGGUAUCGCUGGCUCAGACGUCUCAAAACAGGCAGCCGACAUGAUCCUCCUCGAUGAUAAUUUCGCGUCAAUCGUCACUGGUGUCGAAGAGGGACGACUUAUUUUCGAUAAUCUGAAGAAAUCCAUAGCCUACACCCUCACCUCAAACAUCCCUGAGAUCUCGCCCUUCCUGGCAUUCAUUCUGUGUGACAUUCCGUUACCACUGGGUACCGUCACCAUUUUGUGCAUCGAUUUGGGAACUGACAUGGUGCCGGCCAUCUCGCUAGCCUACGAGGCACCGGAGUCGGACAUUAUGAAACGCCAGCCACGCGAUCCUUACAGAGACAAUUUAGUCAACCGAAGGCUCAUCUCCAUGGCGUACGGACAGAUUGGUAUGAUUCAGGCUGCCGCAGGUUUCUUCGUGUACUUCGUUAUCAUGGCUGAGAAUGGAUUCCUACCCACGUAUCUUUUCGGCAUCCGAAAGCACUGGGACUCCAAAGCUAUCAAUGAUCUUACUGACAGUUAUGGUCAGGAGUGGACGUACAGAGAUCGCAAAUCUCUCGAGUUCACCUGUCACACCGCCUUCUUCGUGUCUAUUGUCAUUGUACAAUGGGCUGAUCUAAUCGUCUGUAAGACACGUAGAAAUUCAAUCGUUCACCAGGGAAUGAGGAACUGGGCGCUCAACUUCGGUAUUGUCUUCGAAACAGCCCUCGCUGCUUUCCUCAGUUACACGCCUGGUAUGGACAAGGGGCUUCGCAUGUUUCCACUCAAAUUCGUCUGGUGGCUUCCAGCCCUCCCCUUCAUGCUCGCCAUCUUCAUCUACGACGAGACGAGACGAUUCUACCUGCGCAGAAAUCCCGGUGGCUGGCUCGAGCAAGAAACUUACUACUAAAUUACCCCAUCUCCCCCCCCUUCAAACAACAACAGCGAAGCGCAUACCCACGCGAAAACACAAUUCGAUGAUAAAUCGAUCGACAAAAUUCACGAGACGAUAAAACCCACGAAAACUGAAAAUUGAAAAUUAAGAAAAUGAGAAUUAAAAACAUUAAGGGCGUGCUUGCAAAUCAGGAUCAGUAACCACUCAUUGUAAUUAGUGCUGAUUUUAUUAAAUAUUGGAGGCUGGAGUGUGCUUCGUUGGCUGAAUAAUCCCUGUGAGGAAAUUUACUUACGACCAGAUGAUGCUAAUCCCUUGAUCAUUGGUCACGUCAGAGAUUAUUAAUAGAGUCUCGUUAAGAAUGUGUCACUGCCCAAUAAUUGAAAAUAACGCCUGGGAUUUGGCUGAUGGAGCUGAUGUAAUAGAUCCAGCCAUUGAUUAAUAGAAAAAUAUGAGGAAAUAAUAAAAUCAUUAGACAGAGUGGGACAGAUGGGCCUAAGAAAAUUAACUAAAAUUAUAAAUAGAUGGUGAGACGAAGCAGUGAGUGAACGAAUUAUGUUGAAUAAUGAGAAUGAUUAUUUAAAAUGAAUAAUUCGAGGUAGAUUAAUCUGUUGAAUUUUAAAGAGAAAUAAAUUAUUUAAUCGAGAUAA